AUGACAAAAAUUAAUAUAAUCUCUAGAGAAAACAUUAAACCAUCUUCCCCAACACCACAACACCUAAAAACAUUCAAUCUAUCAGUCUUGCAUCAACUCAUCCCUGCCCCUUAUGCACCAAUAAUCUUCUUCUACCCUAAUUACGAUAAUGCCACUGAGCUCCAAAUCAUUGAACAUCAAGAACACCUAAAGAUAUCAUUAUCUCAAACGUUAACUCACUUUUAUCCUCUAGCAGGGACAAUCAAAGAUGAUUUGUCAAUCGAUUGCGAUGAUGCGGGUGCGCGCUAUGCUACAAUACGUGUCGAUACAAGUCUCACCGAGUUUUUAAAGCAUCUUGAUCUCGGGUUGAUCAACAGGUUGCUCCCGUGUGAUCCGACUUUCGACGGGUCGGGUGGUGGAACUCGUGUGACUAAUGUUCAAGUUAAUGUUUUCGAGUGCGGUGGAAUCGCAAUUAGUUUGUGCAUUUCGCACAAGAUCCUUGAUGGUACCGCGCUUGCUACUUUCGUGAAGUGUUGGGCUUCGCUACAUCAAGAAAACGCAAGGUUAGUUCCAGACUUAACCGCGCGUUUUCUGCCUGCCACCGACUCUCGGCUGCGAGACUCGUCGAUGGCUAUGUGGGCGUCAUUGAUAAAGUUUGGGAAAUGUAGUACGGGUAGAUUUGUUUUUGAUCGUAUCGCGAUAACGAAGCUCAAAGCCGAGGCAGGUAGGAACGGUGUGCAGCAACCGACACGAGUCGAGGUGGUGUCCGCAUUGUUAUGGAAGUGUGUUAUGGCUGCAUCUAAAGAAACACACGGGUUCAAUAAACCAUCUUUGUUGGGCCAUUCGGUGAACCUACGCAGAAGAUCAGGAACCGUGUUGUCGGAAAACUCGAUCGGAAACUUGGUUUGGUUAGCAAGCGCGGAAUCUGGAACCAUGGCUGACAUCAAAUUCCAUGACCUAGUAAACCAGGUAAAAGGAAGUAUACUAAAAAUCAAUAGCGAGUUCGUGACGAAAUUACAAGGCGAUAACGGGCCGCAAGUGAUGGAAGAGUCCCUCAAACUCAUGAAAGAUUGUGGGACAAAUGGGAGUCUUGACUACAUCGGAAUCACGAGUUGGUGUAAGAUGGGGUUUUACGAGGUGGAUUUUGGUCGAGGAAAACCGUUAUGGGUCUGUGGUCAUGUCUCUCAUGGUAGUCCGGUGUUUACAGAUUUCGUUGUCUUGAUGGAUACAAGAGAUGGUGAUGGAAUAGAAGCAUGGGUGAACCUGGAUGAACACAAAAUGCAUAUUCUACGACACGACCCUGAGCUCUUGGCAUUCGCGUCCCUUGAUCCUAGUCCUCUACAAAUUUGUGAAGUCGAUAACUAAUUACCCAUGUUACUAAGGUUGUUUUCUUGUUUUUAUAUGGACCCAUGGAUGUAAUAACAGUUCCUUGUGUAUAAGGGGAUUACCUUCUUAGAUUUAUGGUUUAUAAAAGUAACAGUUUCUGUUCC